UUGGUCAAGCUAAUUACACCCUCAUGCAUUCGGAACUACUCGAACACUCAUUGAGUGUGGAAGAAAUCAGAGGAGUUUCGACCUCUGGUGGUAUUUCAGGUCAAGGCCUCAAGGAGAAGCGAUGUCCAAACGGCGAUCGGAGGGAACUGGGGCAGCACCAAGGGGUAAAAAGGUCAAGGAUGAACCCUCCCCCACACCCAGCCCCUGCAUAGGUCCCCCUGCCUGUAAUGGAGCAGGGAACGAAGUCAUUAAAGACCCAUUUUGUGAUCCAGACAAUCCAAAGAAAGUCACGUUUCAGGAUGUUAGUGCAGCUGCUUAUAAAAUCAAAGAUGGGAUUCACCACAGUCCGUGUAUUAAAUCUAGAAUGUCUUCCAUGCUGGACAUGGAAAUCUAUUUCAAAAAGGAAUUCUUGCAGUUUACAGGAAGUUUCAAAGAAAGAGGGGCAAGAUAUGCUUUGAGUCAAUUACCAAAAGAACAGAGGGCAGUCGGGGUAAUAGCAGCCAGUGCUGGUAACCAUGCGCUGGCCCUGUCUUAUCAUGGACAGUCUCUGGGCAUUCCUGUUACCGUGGUGAUGCCACUCAUAGCGCCCAUGAUGAAAGUCCAAGCAUGCAGAAGCUACGGAGCAAACGUCAUUAUCCAAGGCAACGAUAUAUCAGAGUCAAAGGUUCAUGCACAGAAAUUGGGUCAAGAAAAUGGGUGCAUUUACAUUAAUGGCUACGACCACCCACACAUCCUGGCAGGACAAGGCACUAUGGGAUUGGAGAUCAUCGAACAGGUGCCCGAUGUCGAUGCGGUGGUCAUUCCUGUGGGAGGGGGAGGACUAAUUGCAGGUGCAGCACUAGCCAUCAAAAACCUGAAACCUUCUGUAAAAAUCAUUGGUGUUGAAUCAGAGAGGUGUGCCAGUUUUUCUGAAGCCAUGAAAGCUGGAAAGCCAGUCCGCACUGAGGUUUCCUCUACUAUUGCUGAUGGUUUGGCUGUACCAACAGUGGGAGUGAAUGCAUUUGCAACAGCAAAGGAUCUUAUUGAUAAAAUGGUUGUUGUAAAGGAAGAGUACAUAGCUUUGGCCAUUCUGCGAUUGGUUGAACUGGAAAAGGCCAUUGUGGAAGGUGCAGGGGCAACAGGACUGGCAGCCAUAAUGGAGGGCUUACUACCAGAACUUGAAGGGAAGAAAGUGGUGGUGGCUCUAUGUGGUGGAAACAUUGACACCACAGCUCUAGGCCGCGUGAUAGAUCGGGGUCUGGCAGCAGAUGGUCGACUCAUAAGAUUUGUGGUGACUGUGUCGGACAGACCAGGAGGGAUAGCGGAGCUCACUAAGCUCCUGGCUGAUAUGGGAGUCAGCAUCAAAGACAUAUUCCAUGAAAGAGCAUGGCUGAAAACAGAUAUAUUUUCAGUCCAGGUGAAAUGUGUGGUGGAGGCCCGAGAUAAAGCUCAUUCGGAAGAAUUAGAGGCAGCCCUAAGAAAGCGCUAUGAUCAAGUUGCCUGGUUACCCAAAUACUUCUAACAGCCACAGUCUUGGAAGUGAGGCCUGCUGCUAGUUUCCGUGAAAGAAUUCUUAAAUUAUCUUCUUUUAAUUCACCAACAAUGUACGUUAUAUAGUGAAUUGUUUUUCCGGUACUGAUUUUAAUUUACCCGGUUAAGCCGAAGAUCUCAAAAUAUUUUUAGGUAACUGCCUGUAUGACAUUGAUGUAUCUUUUGUUCUUAGUUAAUAAUCAAUCCUUUUUAUUGACUUUUUGGAUACAAAUUAAUGUUGACAAUCUUGAACAUGUGCAUUUCUUUCUCUUUUUGUUUUACCAAAAUGCUUGCACAUGCUUUCAUCUCUUUUGGUAUAUGUAUAUGUAUUUUUCUUUGUUUCGAAGAAGUGUUGAUUCCUUGAUGUUUUCUGACUAAUAUCCCUUUAUGAUUAGGGAAUUUUAUGAAACAAUAUGAAAAUAUACCUGGUAUGACUUCUUCCUCCACUUAAAUUUAUGAUAUAAUAAGAUGAGAUUUUUAAAAUUUUAUUUUUUAAUAAAUUAAAAUAACAAAAAUAUAUUGAAGAAUAAUUUUUUUUUCUGAGAUUUUUUUUACUUGUAUUUGUUUACUCAUUUUGUAUGAUUAUUGAUUUUUGACACUUAGUCAGAACUAUUUCCUUACAUUAACAUGCAGAUAAGAUAUUUACAAAGAAUCUCAAAUGUGUUUCUGUUGGUCAACAGUUUAUAUGUAAAGUUAUGUGUUGGAUGGGCAUUUUUGAGUCAGGCUUCAGUGUUUCAGGUCUCAAACUGGGAUACUGUAGAUUCCUGAUUAACUGCGAAGAAUUAUUUUCCAUGUAAAAUCGCGAGAGGCAAUCUUCGCGGAUUUAAAAUCUCGCCAUUACUUUCAGAGGGUUGAGAACUAUAAGAAAUAAGGAGAAUAUUACCACGUUCGCGAUUUUAUAUUAUCGCGAUUUGAUACAAACCAGUAGGAUCAAGGAAUUAAGUACUCGCGUAAUAUAAAGAAUUAACAGUAAUUGUAUGGAGAAUAUCAUUUCCGUAAACUAAUGACCAGAUGUUUGUCAUACAUAUGCCUGAUCAAAACCCUCUAAUUAAUUUUGCAGUACAUGUACAACACAUUGCUGAUGAAAAGUGAUGUACAAAUUAUAAACCUCUAAAACUGAUAACUUUAAGAUAAAGAUACAUUUAUUGUUACUCGAUGUCCAUUUAUUAUUGGAAAACAUGCAUUUUCAGUCUCUCUUUGGACUGUUAAUCUUUGUGAACAAUCAACACAAAUUAGAUUUAAUUGUUUUGGUUUUUUUCACCUUAUUUUGUUAUUUGAAGGCUAGUUGAUAUACAUUUUAAUGUCAGUGUGCCAGCUAUUAUAAGAUGGACAACUCAAGUCACAAAUGUCUGUACUCUGUAUUAAAUUGGUUGUGUUAAAAUCAUUUUCACUUUUAGUUUUGAUUUUAUUACAUGCUUCAUUAUAGUGCUAUUCAUGCAGAACCACCUUGAUUGUACUUACAUUAUAUCAUGGUCAAUGUAAUUGAUUUGGCAGGGUUUAAUAUUUUUGAGUUAUUGUUUUGAUGUGAGUUUUUUAUUUUUAGCAUAGAUUGAAGUUGACCAUGACAUUUUUUUUAUUUUUCUCCACUUUUUAUUGCGCUCAUUAUUAAAGCCAACUUUUAUUAGCCACAACUUUAUUUAAGACAGUGAGGUAUUACAAUAUGUAUAGCUAUUGCUCAUACCUGUAUGCGCCUUUCCUGCAGGAGUUUAGAGUGACUAAUGGUUGCUUUGAGAGGUUCUCAUGAAAAAAAUUGUAAUAUUUGUCACCUGUGAAUCAAAUGUGGUUCAUAUCAUUAUUUUAAUCCUGUAGGGAAUACACGUUUUUAAAAAAUAUCAAUUCAAACAUCCUGUAAACCAACUUUUAACAUGCAACGAUUUUAUUUCGCAAUCUACUGGAUAUAAACUGGUUUCCAACGACUAAUUUUCGCAAUCAAGGUGCAGAUUAUCUUAAAUUAAUAAACAAGAGAUGAUUGAGAACCAGUGCGCGGUAUGGGAUAAUCGCAACAUCUUAUGAAUACACCCUAUGAAUAUUUCUCGCACAUAAAUAAAAGUUGGUUUGCAUUAUCUUUGUUUUAAUGUUUUUUAGAAUUCAAAUAAUUUAAGUUUUGGUGUAACAAACAAAAGCAUGACUUUCGGACUUGUGUGCUAAUUUGAAUAAAAGUAUCGAUUUCAAUUUAUUGCCUAAAAAAAAUGUUCGACAAUUAUAAUUCAUUUUGCAAAUAAUUUUAAAUAUAUCUUGAUAUGAACCUGUCUUGUAAUAUGUCUCAUUUUUACGGAAGUCUUUGUCCCGACAAAUAGUCACAACAAACCAGCUGAAUUUCUAGUUACUCUCAAAAUACACUUGUCAUGAUUAAAUAAUUAGUUUUUAUUACAGUUUCAGUAUUAUUUGUAACUUUUUACGUGAAAAUUUUAUAUUUCAUAAUUUAUAGGUUUUAUGGUUUAUCUAUUUUACCUUGUUCAGUUUCAUGAUACUGUCUUUAAAAUUAAACAACUUUGCAUAUAGA